AUGGGAAGUUCCGGGGUCCGUCGGCUGUGGGGCUACCCUCGAUCCUUAUUUUCUCGGCAACACUAUUACGGAGUCGCGGACGACCACCAAGAGAGCCAGACCGAGCUCGGCGAAAUCCGUGAUCAACCAUCCGCAUUUUUAUCUUCGUUGUCCUCGUUUUCGACAAUCCCACAAAACAGCCACUCAUCGAUCGCAAAACCCGCUCCGGUUGCCGAGAACGAUACCCUAGAACUACGUGUGAGCGAGGAAGAAACGACAGGAGCAACGAGAGCGGAGAUCGUUGACCCGAUACCACGCACGAGGAAGACAGCAUGGAUUGAUGGUGUACACCACUGCGCCAGGGCUGGGGCAUUUAUACUCUUCCUGAACUUGAUCCUUGUCUCCAUUGCUGCUGGGCUGGCCAGUAGACACCCAGAGAGUGGUAGCUUCUCGACCGCAGUGUUUUAUCAAGGGAGUUGCGGUUUGAUAAAACGAUGGAAUAUUAUUCUGCAUUUGAUUAUCAACGUUCUUAGCACGUGCAUUCUUGCGGCAAGCAACUACUGCAUGCAGACGCUUGUCGCCCCGACCCGGGAGGAGGUCGACACGUAUCAUGCCCAAGGGAAGUGGCUUGAUAUCGGGACUGCGAGUGUCAAGAACCUCUCCGCGAUCGGGCGCGAUCGACUAGCCUUGUGGGUGAUAUUGAUGCUUACGGCAACGCCCUUCCAUUUAAUGUACAACUCCAUAGUAUUUGAAUCUUUAUCGACAAAUUCAUUUGUCGUAGUGGUUGGACCUAAUGAUUUGGAUUCAUCAAAUAUCUGGAAUCUUACGACCCCGACAUUGGAUAAAUGCUUCUCGCAUCCUCAACCUAUACAGUUGAGCUGGCAUGACUUCGCCUCAGAGAUCGCCCGCGGGAAUUAUGAGCGAAUCUCUAAUGAGCAAUGUAUCGAGACUUCCAAAAUGACUCAUACGGGAAUUAGGGGGAUCGUCGCGCUUGCAGACAACUUGGCCGUCAGCGAUGGGGGGGACACAUCCAUUCUUCUGACAGGAAUCGCCAUUCUCGACAUUGAAAUCAAUCCCUAUCAAAUGAAUCCCUACUUGUACGACGGCAGCCCCCUGCCGGCCGCCCAAUUCUUCAACCAAACUGCUAGCCUGGGUUCUGACAUCACCUGCCAGUCUCAUACGGUGUUCUAUGGGUUGACAACUCCUGGCGUGAAGCGGUAUAGUAUUUCAGGAUGCCUGGCGAUCAAGGCUCCGGAGCACUGCCAAUUGCUCUACAGCCCACCGAUUUGCAUUAUUAUCAUGUUGACUGGUUGUGCAAAAGUAGCGGCAAUGUUUCUCGCGGCGAGAAUUGGUCGUAGUCGUUCGCCGCCCCUUUUGACGCUUGGUGAUGCAGUGGCAUCAUUCUUAACCAGACCUGAUCCCACCACGAAGGGCUUGUGCUGGCUCACAGCCGCCGAUACUCAUAACGACCACUGGAAGUAUGCUAGUCGAUCGGGUGGUUUUACAGAAAUCCCGCAAAAUAGCCCAGACGAGUCUAUCACCUACAAACGUCUCUCAAAGCCGAAAUUCUGGAUGAGAGCAGCAAGCGGCUGGCGUUGGACGGCAACUCUUUUCAUGUGCCUUUCGUGCAUAAUAGUAGGAAUAGUCCUCUUCAAUAUGGCUCUUACCGAUAAGCCCCGCGAAAUCUCUAGCUGGAUUUCUGCAGACGAUAUCCAACAAUGGUUCAGCUCUGAUGUCGAUGUUGGUAGUUACAGUAUCAUUGGAGGAAGAAUCGAGUGGAGUAUGCUGAGCGCUGUGGUGGUCGCCAACAUCCCACAACUAGUCAUCACCAUCAGCUAUUACUGCUACAAUGCCGUGUUGACAAGCAUUCUGGCCGCCGCCGAAUACAGCUCAUAUGGAGUCAAACGAAAAGCACUUCGUGUCACCUGGCCCAUCAAGGACAGUCAGCAGCGGUCGACUUACUGGUUGAGCGUUCCAUAUCGAUAUGUGGUGCCUAUUUUGGGGCUUCAUAUGAUUCUACACUGGCUCAUCUCGCAGAGCAUCUUUUAUCUAGUGUUGAUCCCAUACCUACCGGACGACCAACCGAAUCCUGAAAAUAUGAUGAGCUCGCUCGGCUACUCAUCCACGCCGAUCUUUCUGUCCAUUCUGGUUGGAGCCAUCAUGGUGCUUACAUUGUUCGUGCUGGCGUUCCGCAAAUUCAAGUCCGCGAUGCCCCUGGCGGCGUCUUCUAGUGCUGCUAUUAGUGCUGCGUGUCAUCCGCCCAAGGAUGAGGACUUGGACACGGCAGCUUUGGGUUUGUUAAAGUGGGGGCAGACGAUCUCACCACCAGCUUGGAUGAUGGAAAGAGUUCACAGUAUUGACGACCAGCAUGGACACUGUAGCUUCACGUCGUUGGAUACAGUGAGCCCCAGUUUGACGAAAAUGUAUGCAUAG